GCCUGUGUGGAAUGAAGUGGGUAUAGAAAUGAAAAGCAUGGGCUCUCCAGUAAAAGUUGGGAAGAUGGAUGCAACUUCCUUUUCUAGUGACAACAUGCUGUAGUAUGCGGUUUUUAUCACACUUGUUUCUGCUUGUGUAGGAAAUUCUUCCUGACAGAUGGAAGGUAUUGCAUCUGAAUUUGGAGUGCGAGGCUAUCCGACAAUUAAGCUCUUGAAAGGAGACUUGGCAUACAACUAUAGAGGACCUAGAACCAAAGAUGAUAUAAUUGAAUUUGCUAAUAGAGUGGCAGGACCUCUUAUCAGGCCACUUCCUAGCCAGCAAAUGUUUGAGCAUGUGCAAAAGAGACAUCACGUACUUUUUGUGUAUGUUGGUGGUGAAUCUCCUUUAAAGGAAAAAUACAUUGAAGUUGCUUCAGAACUAAUUGUUUAUACGUACUUUUUUUCUGCCUCAGAAGAUGUGCUGCCUGAGUAUGUGACAUUGCCUGAAUUGCCUGCUGUUGUGGUCUUCAAAGAUGGAACUUACUUUGUUUAUGAUGAGUAUGAAGAUGGUGAUUUGUCAUCCUGGAUAAAUAGAGAAAGAUUUCAAGGUUAUCUUAAUGUAGAUGGCUUUACGCUGUAUGAACUUGGAGAUACAGGAAAACUUGUGGCUAUUGCAGUCAUUGAUGAUAAAAACUCUUCAGUGGAACAUACCAGGCUAAAAUCUAUUAUUCAGGAAGUUGCUAGAGAUUAUCGUGAUCACUUUCACAGGGAUUUCCAGUUUGGCCAUAUGGAUGGAAAUGAUUACAUUAAUAGUUUACUAAUGGAUGACUUGACAAUCCCUACUAUUGUUGUAUUGAAUACCUCCAAUCAGCAGUAUUUUCUGCCAGAUAGGCAUAUUGAGAACACAGAAGAUAUGGUUCAAUUUAUUAACAAUAUCUUGGAUGGUACAGCUGAAGCACAGGGUGGUGAUGGACUUCUGCAACGAAUCAAGAGAAUAAUCUAUGAUGCCAAGUCUACUGUAGUCUCUGUGUUCAAGAGUUCACCACUGCUGGGAUGCUUUCUCUUUGGAUUGCCCCUGGGCGUCAUCAGCAUUAUGUGUUACGGAAUCUGCACAGCUGAUACAGAUGGAGGGGUAGAUGAACAUGAGGCAGCUAAAAAAGAAAACAGUGAUCGGGAGCUCACGGAUGAAGGCAGUGAAGAAGAACAAGAGGAAGAAAAGAAUGGAAAAUAUACAGAACUUUCAGAUGGAGAGCUUAAACAGAAGGACAUAAUGGAAAAGAAGAAAGACUAACUUGUAGCAAAAGAAUUCUCUAGAAUUUCCAGAUAGACUUAUUUAUUGAAGGUAGUCAUUUAUUGAUGAUCUUCAUGAAAGAGGACCUUUUUGUCUGCAUUACGGUAAUUUUGACUUGCAUGUAUUCAAAUUUUCUCAGAAAUUGACAGAAAAAAAAUUAUGGGUGUUCUCUUAAUUGUCUCUAAUAGAUCAACAGAGAGCAAUUUCAACUGAAGAAAUUUGCAGGUACAAUUCUACAUUGUUUUUUUGAAGAGUUUUGAAUUAUUCA